CUCUUUUGACGGAGGGGAGCUUCUUUUGCCCACAUCCACUCACCUCCUCAUCCGCUACUGAGGAGCGAGUCUGACGCACAGGACCAGCGGCAACACCACAGGACCCCACCCCAGGAGUGCGUGUCCACAUCGAGCAACAUGUUCCCAGCGUGGAGACCGGGAAGGCGCACCGGGGACUUGACGGUACCGACAGUGACCAUGGCCGGACCUGGAUCUGGAUCUGGAUCUGGACACCGUGGACAAGUGUGGGUCUCCUGUUGGAUUCUUCUGUCGGCGACGUGUAUCCUCAGCGUCCAGGCUCAAGUAGAUGACGUCCCUCCUUACUUUAAGAUGGACCCCCCUCAGACCCAGGUCCACCUGGAGGGGAACCGCCUGGUCCUCACCUGUAUGGCGGAGGGCAGCUGGCCUCUGGAGUUCAAAUGGAUCUACAACGGAACUGAACUCACCCGCUUCUCCCUGGAGUACAGGUACCUGAUCCCCACUCUGGAUCGAUCUCAUGCCGGCCACUACCGCUGCAUCGUGAGGAAUCGAGUGGGUGCUAUUAUGCAGUGCAGCACAGAAGUCCAAGUUGCCUAUAUGGGUGGUUUUGUGGAAGGUGAGAGGUCCCAGACUGUAUCUCAAGGAGAAGGCGCUCUCAUCCACGCACCGCGGAUCCACAGCUUCCCCAGACCGCAGAUCACCUGGUUCAGAGAUGGACGGAAGAUCCCCUCCAGCAGCCGCAUUGCCAUCACCCUGGACAACACGCUGGUCAUCCUGUCGACGGUCGCCCCUGAUGCGGGACGUUACUACGCCCAGGCGGUCAACGACAAGAACGGCGAGAACAAAACCAGUCAGCCUGUGAUUCUCACCGUGGAAAAUGUGGGAGGACCUGCAGACCCCAUCGCCCCCUCAAUCAUCAUCCCCCCCAAGAACACCAGUGUGACUGUGGGAAGAAACGAAGCCAUCAUGGAGUGUGUCGCCAAUGCAAGACCCCUCGUCAAAAUGAGUAUCACUUGGAGGAAAGACGGGGUAGUGGUCAAUACUGGGAUUCGCGAUUUUGGCCGGAGGUUGGUGAUCAGUUUGCCCGCUGUCAGCGAUAGCGGCUACUACGAAUGUGAGGCGUCGCUCCGCAGCAGCAGCGUACCGUCAGUCACCGCCGGCGCCUUCCUGCACGUUCUGGAAUAUCCUCUUUUUGUAAAAGAGCCGCCGAGUCACAUCAGCGCAGAGAUGGAAAAGGUGGUGGACAUCCCCUGUCAGGCACGAGGAACUCCGCAGCCUGACAUUGUGUGGUAUAAAGACGCAGUCCCCAUCAGCCCGGUGAAAAUCCCCAGGUACAGGGUGUUGGUGGGAGGCAGUCUGCAGAUCAACGGCCUCCUCCCAGACGACACGGGGAUGUUUCAGUGCUUCGCCCGAAAUCUGGCAGGAGAAAUCCAGACAAAUACCUACCUAGCUGUUACAAGUAUUGCUCCCAACAUCACCGCCGGUCCCUCUGACAGCGCUGUGAUUGACGGCAUGUCAGUCAUUCUCCAUUGCGAGACCUCAGGAGCGCCACGUCCAGCCAUCACCUGGCAGAAAGGUGAACGUGUCUUGGCCAGUGGUUCGGUCCAGCUGCCCAGGUUCACACUGUUGGAAUCGGGCAGCUUGCUAAUUAGCCCCUCCCACCUGUCAGACGCCGGUACCUACACCUGCAUGGCCAGUAACUCCAGGGGCAUCGACGAGGCUUCGGCUGACCUCGUCGUCUGGGCACGUACCCGCAUCACCAAACCACCGCAAGACCAGAGCGUCAUCAAAGGGACCAAGGCCGUCAUGACCUGUGGUGUGACCCAUGACCCCAGUGUCACCAUCAGGUAUGUGUGGGAGAAGAGCGGCUCCGUGAUUGAUGUGAACACGUCUCCCCGCCUGCGGCUGGAUCCCGACGGGACCCUGCACAUCUCCCAGACGUGGUCGGGCGACAUCGGAACAUACACCUGUAGGGUGACCUCAGUGGGGGGCAACGACUCCCGCAGCGCCCACCUGCGAGUCAGACAACUGCCCCAUGCACCAGAAAACCCAAUCGCAGUUCUGAGUACCACAGAGAAGAGGGCCAUCAACCUCACAUGGGCCCAGGCCUUUGACGGGAACAGCCCCCUGAUCCGCUACAUCUUAGAAGUGUCAGAAAACAAUGCCCCUUGGACUGUGCUGUUGGCCAACAUUGAACCCGAGUCCGUCGGGGUCACGGUUGGUGGCCUCAUCCCGGCGCGCUCGUACCAGUUCCGCCUGUGUGCCGUUAACGACGUGGGCAGAGGCCAGUUCAGCAAAGAGACUGACCGACUCACGCUGCCGGAGGAGCCCCCCAGCGCCCCCCCUCAGACCGUCAUCGCGAGCGGUCGCACCAAUCAGUCCAUCAUGAUCCAGUGGCAGCCCCCCCCAGAGAGCCAUCAAAACGGUCCACUCCAGGGCUACAUCAUCAGGUACUGUCUGUCUGGGCUUCCUGUGGAUUGCCAUGAAAACAUCACCAGCCCAGACCAGACCAGCCUGCUCCUGGAGGACCUCAUCAUCUGGACCAACUAUGAGAUUGAGGUGGCGGCCUAUAAUGGAGCGGGCAGGGGUACCUACAGCCACAAAGUCACAGAGUGGACCCUGCAAGGAGUGCCCACUGUGCCACCAGGAAAUGUACAAGCCGAGGCUGUCAACUCGUCCACGGUGCGCUUUACCUGGAGUGCCCCCAGCCCUCAGUUUAUCAAUGGAAUCAACCAGGGAUACAAGCUGUUGGCGUGGGAACCUAAUCGUCCAAAUGAGGUUACCGUGGUAACUGUCCGUCCCAACUUCCAGGACAGCGUUCACGUCGGCUACAUCUCCAGCCUUAAAAAGUUCACCGAAUAUUACGGCUCAGUGUUGUGUUUCACUACACCUGGAGACGGACCGCGCAGUUUACCCCAGCGCUUACGCACCCAUGAGGAUACUCCUGGGGCUGUGGGACACCUCAGUUUCACCGACAUCUUGGACACUUCACUUAAAGUCAGCUGGAAAGAACCGCAAGAGAAAAAUGGAGUUCUCACAGGCUAUCGAAUCUCAUGGGAGGAGUUCAACAGGACCAACACACGAGUGACCCAUUAUUUACCAAAUCUGACUCAGGAGUACAAGGUGACGGGCCUCACCGCUCUCACCACGUACACCAUCCAGGUGGCAGCCAUGACCUCCAAAGGCCAAGGCCAGCUGUCGGCGUCCACCAUCUCCUCUGGGGUUCCACCAGAGUUGCCAGGUCCUCCCACUAAUCUGGCCAUCUCCAACAUCGGCCCUCGCUCUGUCACACUCCAGUUCAAACCUGGUUACGACGGUAAAACAUCCAUCUCCCGCUGGCAGGUUGAAGCCCAGAUCGGUAUAAUAGGAGAGAAUGAGGAGUGGCUGAUGGUUCAACAACUGUCUAAUGAACCUGAUGCUAGGUCGCUGGAUGUCCUGGACUUGAACCCUUACACUUUCUACAGGUUCCGGAUGCGUCAGGUAAACAUUGUGGGUACCAGUCCUCCCAGUCAGCCAUCCAGAAAGAUCCAGACCCUACAAGCCCCUCCGGACAUCUCCCCCGCCAAUGUGACCCUGCGCACCGCCAGCGAGACCAGCCUGUGGCUACGCUGGGUGCCUCUUCCAGAAUGGGAGUACAACGGUAACCCAGACCUGGUCGGAUACCGGGUUCAGUACUCCAAGGCCGGCUCCAGAGGGGGGGUCCUGUCCCACGUCAUCAUGGACCGACUGGAGAGGGAGUUCACCAUCGAAGACCUGGAGGAGUGGACGGAGUAUGAGGUCAGAGUCCAGGCCAUCAACGGGAUCGGAUCCGGACCCUGGAGUCAACCGGUCCAUGGCAGGACCAGGGAGUCUGUUCCUUCCUCUGGUCCUACCAACGUGUCAGCCUUCGCCACCACCUCCAGCAGCAUCCUGGUUCGAUGGGGGGAAGUCCCAGAGACGGAUCGCAACGGACUCAUCCUGGGCUACAAGGUCGUGUAUAAAGAGAAAGACUCAGAUAUGGCGCCCAGCUUCUGGACAGUGGAAGGUAACACCAGCCACAGCGUCCAGCUGAGUGGACUGGGCAAGUACGUCCUGUAUGAGAUACAGGUGCUGGCCUUCACCCGAAUAGGAGACGGAAGGAGCAGCUCGCCAUCCAUUCUAGAGAGGACGCUGGAUGAUGUGCCAGGCCCUCCAGUGGGCAUCCUGUUCCCAGAAGUUAGAACCACUUCAGUCAGGCUCAUCUGGCAACCUCCUGCACAGCCCAACGGCAUUAUACUGGCCUAUCAGAUCACAUACCGAAGAAACUCAUCAAAUAGCAACGCCGCCACUGUAGACGUGCUGAGCCCCAGCGCGCGACAGUACACAGCCGCCGGACUUAAACCAGAAAUGGUUUAUGUAUUUCGCCUCACUGCUCAAACACGGAAGGGCUGGGGGGAGGCCGCCGAGGCUCUGGUCGUCACAACGGAGAAGAGAGCCCGACCUCAGCCCACCAGUCGUCCUGUUGUGCCUCAAGAGGAGGUCCAGGCUCGCAGAGUGCUGUUGUCAUGGGAACCAGGCAGCGACGGCCUGUCUCCAGUUCGUUACUAUACGGUCCAGUACAGAGAGCUGCCGGACAGUAACUGGACAGUCCACUCAGCGUCGGUCAGCCACGAGACACACUCCUACAUAGUGGACAGGUUAAAGCCCUUCACUUCCUACCAGUUCCGUGUAAAGGCGACUAAUGACAUUGGAGACAGUGAAUACAGUCAGGAGAGUGAAGCCAUCACUACGCUGCAGGACGCCCCAGACAAAGCCCCGACAAUUCUAUCGGUUACACCUCACACCACUACGUCCGUGCUGGUUCGGUGGCAGCCACCUGCUGAGGACCACAUAAAUGGAGUUUUGUUGGGGUUCAGGGUCAGGUACCGGGAAUUACACUAUGAUCGGCUACGCAGCUUCUCUGUCCGCACGGUCAACAGUCCGGCCAACUGGGCCGAUCUAACUGCUCCUUACAGCAUCAGGAACUUGAGUGAAUCCUCCCUCACCCAGUACGAACUGGACAAUUUGAGUAAACACAAACGCUAUGAGAUCCGUCUCAGUGUGUACAAUGCUGUGGGAGAGGGUCCUAGCAGUGCACCACAGGAAGUGUUUGUUGGAGAAGCGGUUCCAACAGCCCCUCCCCAAAAUGUGGUCAUCCAGUCGUCAACAGCCACCCAGCUGGACGUCACAUGGGACCCUCCUCCUCUGGACGCCCAGAACGGGGACAUCCAGGGUUACAAGAUUUAUUUCUGGGAGUUUCAGCUGCAGAAUGAGACGGAGCGUCUUCGUACUCUGUUCCUGCCAGAGCUCGGGGUGAAGCUUAAGAACCUGACAGGCUACACCACCUACAUGAUCAGUGUGGCAGCCUUCAACGCUGCAGGGGAUGGACCCCGCUCCCUGGCCACCAGAGGGCGCACUCAGCAAGCAGCGCCCAGUGCGCCGAGCUUCAUCCACUUCAGUGAGUUGACCACCACUUCGGUCAACGUGUCCUGGGGAGAACCCAAACAGGCCAAUGGCAUCAUCGAGGGCUACCGUCUGGUUUAUGAGCCCUGUACUCCAGUGGACGGUGUCAGUAAGAUAGUGACUGUAGAUGUGAAGGGCAGCGCCCCCCUGUGGAUGAAGAUCAAAGACCUGGCCGACGGCGUCACCUAUAAUUUUCGCAUCCGGGCCAAAACGCUCACUUACGGCCCCGAAGUAGAAGCCAACAUCACCACUGGGCCCGGAGAAGGAGCCCCGGGGCCUCCUGGAGAGCCUUUUAUUGCCCGUCACGGUGCUGCCCUCACGCUGCACUGGACCAGCGGUGAUCAGGGCCGAGCGCCCAUCACACGAUACGUCAUCGAAGCCAGGCCGUCUGAUGAAGGACUGUGGGAUAUUCUAAUCAAAGACAUUCCUAAAGAAGCGACGUCCUACACACUUAAUCUGGAAAUGCUUCGAGAAGGGGUCACCUACGACUUUAGAGUGAUCGCAGUCAACGACUACGGCUACGGUUCCCCCAGCGCCCCCUCCCCCUCCAUAUCAGCUCAGAAAAUCUCUCCUUUCUAUGAGGAGUGGUGGUUCCUGGUGGUGAUCGCUCUCGUCGGCCUCAUCUUCAUCCUCCUCCUGGUUUUCAUCCUCAUCAUCCGAGGCCAAAGCAAAAAAUACACCAAAAAAGCCGAUUCAGUGUCGUCCUCCUACCCAUGUCCAGGAAACCAUUCCAACUGCACGGCGCUGCCUCUAACCCAUGGGGAGAUGGUGCGUCUGGAUGAGGGACGCUUCCCAGCCCUGGAGCUCAACAACAGACGCCUGUCCGUCAAAAACUCCUUUUGCCGCAAGAAUGGCAUCUACACACGGUCUCCACCAAGACCCAGCCCUGGAAGUCUGCACUACUCAGAUGAGGAUGUCAGCACUAAGUAUAAUGACCUUAUCCCAGCGGAGAGUAGCAGUCUGACCGAGAAACCCUCUGAGAUAUCCGACUCGCAGGGCAGCGACAGCGAGUAUGAGAUGGAUCAGAGUCGGCAGAAGACCCACUCCUUCGUCAACCACUACAUCAGCGACCCCACCUACUACAACUCGUGGCGGCGGCAGCAGAAGGGGGUCUCUCGCCCCCCCGCCUACGGCUACUCCCAGCCCGAACCCCUGGUGGAGCAGGAGUCACGGCCGCACCCGCCCCCCGUGCCCCCUCUGCCCCCCCUCCUGCCCCAGAGCGCCCCUUCCCCACAGCCCCAGCCCCAGUGCCAGGGCACCCUGUUCAGGCCUAAGGGAAGCCGGACUCCCACCCCCUCGUUGCUGUCCUCUGACCCCCCCAGCCAGCACGGCAGUACCCUGUACCGCCCCCCCAGCAGCCUGGGCUGUGCCGCUCAGGCGCCCACCGCCGGCUUCUCCUCCUUUGUUUGACACAUGGCUCUCCUUCCAAUAACAACAGGACGCUGAGGACCAGUCUUUGAUUUUUGUUGUUGUUGGUUUGAUUGUGUUUUUCUUCUUCUUCUU